UCGGAGCGGCUGAGGCGCAGCGCCGGGCCGCGGUGGAGGUUGGGGCGCCGUCCACCUCGCGCCGCCGCCGCUAGCAACACCCGGGGGGGUGGGGGGUGGUGGCGCCCCGGCCGCGGGGCUGCCCGGCCGCGCCGCGCCCCGCCCCGCCCGGCUGGGGAUGUGAAUGGCGCUGGGGGUGCUUGGCGGGACCGACAUGGAGUGGGAGAAGCUGCCGCGGCGGCCCGGGGAGGGCGAAGGGGAGGCGGCAGGGCCCUGGCCGGGCUGCGGGCGGCUGCGGCCCUCCUCGUACCGGGCGCUGCGCAGCGCUGUCUCCACCCUGGCGCGCAUUGACGACUUCUACUGCGAGAAGAUCGGGGCCGGCUUCUUCUCCGAGGUCUUCAAGGUGCAGCACCGCCAGUCUGGGCAGAUCAUGGUGCUGAAGAUGAACAAGCUGACCAGCAACCGGAGCAACAUGCUGCGGGAGGUGCAGCUGAUGAACCGCCUCUCGCACCCCAACAUCCUCAGGUUCAUGGGGGUAUGCGUGCACCAGGGACAGCUGCACGCGCUGACGGAGUACAUCAACGGUGGGAACCUGGAGCAGCUGCUGGACAGCCCUGUGCCCCUCUCCUGGUCCAUGCGUGUCAAGCUGGCCCUUGACAUCGCCCGUGGCCUGCACUAUUUGCACUCCAAGGGCAUCUUCCACCGCGACCUCACCUCCAAGAACUGCUUAGUGCGCUGCGAGGCCAACGGCUACACGGCUGUGGUGGGUGACUUCGGCUUGGCGGAGAAGAUCCCCACCUACAGUGAGGGCAGUGAGAAGGAGCCACUGGCCGUGGUGGGCUCCCCGUACUGGAUGGCGCCUGAGGUGCUGCGAGGGGAGAUCUACAACGAGAAGGCUGAUGUGUUCGCGUACGGCAUCAUCCUGUGCGAGACCAUUGCUCGUGUCCCCGCUGACCCCGACUACCUGCCCCGCACCGAGGAUUUUGGCCUGGAUGUCACCACUUUCCGCACCAUGGUGGGAACUGACUGCCCAGCGGCCUUCCUCCAGCUCGCUUUCCACUGCUGCAGUAUGGAGCCUACCUCCCGCCCCUCGUUCCUGGAAAUCAUGCAGUGCCUGGAGAGCGUCCUGCAGCACCAGCCAGGUGCCGAGGGCACUGGGGCCACCCUCUUUGGUGGCGGGGAGAGCCUGCCUGCGCCUGGGACAGCGGCUGCACUCAAUGGGGUAGCCAGGAGGGCAGCCGGCCACACUGAGCAGUUGCCCCUGUGCAAGCUGGGGACGCAGCACCUGCAGCCGGACCAGCGCCUGUCCCGCAGCCAGUCCGACAUGUUCCCCCCCAAAUCGCCCACCCUACUGUGGCCGCUGGAGCCUUACAGCAGGGCCAGGACCAAGGAGCCACCACCCCGUGUCAACCCUUUCUCCCAGCGCGAGGACCUGAAGGGAGGGAAGACCAAGCUCUUCGACAUGCCGAGCAAGUCGAUCAUCUCGCUCACCUUCAACCUGCCACCCUCCGCCCCGGUCCAGCUCAGCACCCCUGUGACGCCUGAGCCCACCGUGGAGGUGCAGUGUGACUUCUUGGCCCCCACUGCCAUCCCCCGCAAGUGCUGCUCGCUGCCUGCCUCCCCUGAGCUGCCCUGCCGAUGGGGCCUGGUGCUGGGCGUAGGGUCCCCCUGUCCCACCACCAACCCCCAGCCCCCUGCCCUCCUCCUCCCACCGGCUUGGGGACAAGCCUCCCCCCCCCAGCCCCGGGCAGAGGAGCAGAUGGACUACGGCCCUGACAGCCCUGAGCUGCCACAGCCCCCCCCCGCCCCCCCCAACAGCAACUUCAUCCACACGGCAGCCUCGGGCACCCAACCCUGGCAGCCAGAGCCACGAGCCCCCAAUGGGCUCCUCUUCAACAACAGCCAUGUGGUGGUGAGCAAACCCCUGGCUUGGGGCAGCAGGCUGGAGCGUGGCUUCUCUGAGCUCAGUAUCCCCUGCGCGGCAGCGCUGGAGCAGAUGGAGCAUGUAGCCAUGCUGCCCGGGCAUGGCUCCAGCACUGUGCUGGAGCAGGACGAGGUGCUGCCCUGCCUUGGCUGCUGCCUAGGUCCCUUCAGCUUCACCUCCAUCUGCCACUGGCUGGCACCCAGCCCACCCCGCUACCAGAACCUCAACUGUGAGGCUAAGAGCCUCCUAUGUCACGACCGGGGCCCCCACCAGAAAGCCCCGGGGCCAGUGCUGGCGGAGCCCAGCCUGAAGCUGCCAGAGGUACAGUCCUAGGGCCGGGGACCCCUGGGGAGCAGGGCUGCAUCUGGCCACCCCUUGGACCCCCCUGCAGCCACAGCACCGGGCAGGUGCAGAAGCCUGGCACAUCCCUGUGGUCUGUCCUCACUUGCUUGGCACUUGGUGGCCACUGGUGAUCAGAGUGCCCCGUGCUAUGGCCACCAUGGUGCUGCUCAGGCACCUGUCCUGCUGGGAUCAGCCUCGGGGGUGUGUGGGGAGCCCCAGGGGCAAGCUGGGUCCCUGCCAGGGACUGAAGUGCAAUAACACCCCCGCCCCGGGCACGCUCCAGUGCUGCCCCAGGCAGCAAGGCUGGUCCCCCACAGGGACCCCGGGGCUCAAGCCCUGGAUGCAGGACCCCUCUUCCCCAAAGGCUCACCCCUCUGUGGGCUCUCGCCAAGGGGCGUGCAAUGAGCCGGGAGCCCCCCCCAUGGCCCCCCAGGCCAUGGGUUGAGCAGGGCUGGGGGCAGAGGGGUCAGUGUGUCUAUGUGUGUGUUGGGGGACCCUGUGGGGCUGGUGGGUGUCCCCAUGCUUCCUCACAAGCGUGGGGAGCACACCCAGUCCCUGACAUGGGGAGAGACGUGCAGGGGGCUGGGAGAGGGGCAAUGCCCAUGGGGCAGUGCCCAGGGAGGAUUGCCAGUACUGGGGUUGCCCCCUGCCUGCCCAAUGGUGGGUGCUGAGCCAGCAUGGCACCCCAUGUCCCCCUGGCACACGGGGUCAGGAGCGGGGUGCUGGCAGAUGGGCCAGGGUGCCAUCCUGCCUGGCAUCCUACCCCAGAGCCUCCCAGGUGGCUGGGGGGGGGAAGGGGCUGGUGGACAGCGUGGCCAGGCUGCCCAGCCCCUGGCAAGGGUGGGAACCGGCUUUCCUCCCUCCUGCACAAUGCACUGGUGAAUGCAAAACUCUUGUGGGUUUUUUUAUUAUUAUUAUUAUUAAUAAUUGCUAGUAAUAUAUACCCAGCUUAUUUAAAGUGUUCAAUAAAAACUGAAUGUCCCAGCGA